AUGGAGACAUACUACGGACACGUCCGCACUCCCGCGGACGCCAUCAUCCUAUUCGAAGCUUGUCGGAUCGGGUUAUUACCUCGUGUGCAACGGCGACUUUCAGAGAAAGAACGACAAUCGAUCAGAUCCGGCUCCGUCUUCGUCUGGGAUGAACGGGAAGCGGGCAUGCGCCGAUGGACCGAUGGGAAAUCAUGGAGUGCGAGCCGAGUGUCAGGGAGCUUUCUGACCUACCGUGAAAUGGAGGGCAAGCGGGGAGGCGGCAGCGUUUCCCAGGGCUCCUCUGCGCGUGGGGGAAAGACCCCGGAGAGCCGCGGUAGUGAUGAUGACCGGGGUGAUGGGACAGACGAGGGGCCAGAUGGAUACCGUUAUAAGCCAGAUGGCCUGAUGAAGCAGUCAUUCAGUAUCACUACUUCCAACGGUCAGCACCUGCACUUGAUCAGCUACUACUCCCGAUCUCAUCCCUCUGCCGCCAACUUACAACAACCCACCUCGGACCCUGCGCUGCGCCACGUUCACCCACAGAAAGGACUGUACCCAGAGUCAACAGUGAAUGACCAACAAAACCUCCCGGUCGUUACUCGGGGGCCUAUGGCAGGCGCUGCUUACCCUAUCACUCCACACCCCAUCGGCGGAUACCCACGCGGGACACAUGCGCAACCGUAUCCCCCUGCGUAUGCAUGGCCGCCUACUCCUCUAGCUACGCCGCCAACUAUCCCAGUGCAGUACGGCCAUGGUCCUGCAUCUGGCUAUCUUCCUCAAGUAGCAGCAAAUGGUCCUCCUCCCUACGGCCACCCCUCACAUCAACACCAGCACCCAGCUGGACUUCCACCUCCCCCGCACCCGUAUGAGCGACACCACCUGGAAUCAGGACUCCCUCCUGCUGGUCCUCCACAACAACCUUCCUACAUGAGCCGCUCACCCCGAUCACUGGAGCAACGAAGCCCGCCCGUUUACGGACAUGCCCUGGUCGACCCCCGAAUGGCUUCACCACGGGUCUCGGUCCAGCCUUUGGCGCCAAACGGCCAGACUCACAGCCCCCGCCUCGUCAAACAAGAACACCCCGCCCUACACGCCCUCAACCCAAUCAACUCGUCUCCGAAACCCACAGAUUCAGCCAGUGCAGCCCACGCAGUACCUGGCAUCACCUCAUUAGUGAACGGCGCUGCUCUUGCUCCCCUUUCUUCAACCCCUCCCGGCGGCCCAGUCUCAAGUCCUGGAGCCCCGGCUCAAACUCCUUCCGCAGAGGGUCCCCGGGACAUUCCCAACGAGAAGAUCGGAUUCGGAGGCGAAGACGUCCGAGCUCUACGACAGCUGGACCGCGCAUUCAUCGCAUGA